AUGCAUACAAUCUCAAGAGUAAUAUCCACUACUGCAAGUAAGAGUAGUAGUAGUGGGUUAGGAGUCACGAGGAAUCCUUCUUUUACUCAAACUUUACGUUGUCUUUCAACAUUAAUUUCAAGACAACCCCAACUUAUCAAUGGCGGUAUUUAUCGCCAUCGGUUCAACAACCAACCACUUUAUAGAUCGACCAACAUACAAGCCAAAAGAUUCGCAUCAAGUUCAUCUACGCUUACGUUACUUCAAUCUCAAGAACAAAUAGCCAAUAAUGAUAUGAAUAAUCCAUCUGCUCAAGCAGAAUUUUAUCGUUCUUUAUUAGCAAAUAAUUAUCCACAUGUUGUUGUUGAAAGAUAUGAAUCUCCAGGUAUAGCUGCCGAUCCAGAAUGUACAAAUUUAUACAUCUCAGCAUUAAAUAAAAUUGGUAAAAAAGGAAAAGCAGAACAAGUUGCCCAUCAGCUUUCUCAACAUCAACAACAAUACCCGCAAGGCUCAGGUGCCUAUUCCGGUAAUCCUGGUAUUGUUGGUGCUGGAGUUGCUGGGGGGGCAGGACAAUCAUUUCCUCAUGGGUUCGGAUCUAGAUAUGAACCAGUACAUGUCAUUGUAAGUGAAUCUCCAUUAACUAUAAUAUCACGUUGGCUUAAAUGGUUAAUCCCAUUAGCUUUAAUUACGUAUGGAGCAACUAAUGCAUUUAAUUAUCUUGUUGAGAAUGGAACUAUUUUCAAAAAUACCGAAGUUCAAGAUAAAUCAAUUGAUGUAUCUCAAUCUACUGUCAGAUUCACCGAUGUUCAAGGAUGUGAUGAAGCCAGGGCAGAAUUGGAAGAAAUUGUGGAAUUCUUGAAAGAUCCUUCAAAAUUUACUGGAUUGGGUGGGAAAUUACCAAAAGGUGUCUUGUUGACUGGUCCUCCAGGUACUGGUAAGACUUUAUUAGCAAGAGCCACUGCUGGUGAAGCAGGUGUUCCAUUCUUUUUUAUGUCUGGUUCUGAAUUUGAUGAAUUAUAUGUUGGUGUAGGUGCCAAAAGAAUUAGAGAAUUAUUUAGUCAAGCUCGUGAAAAAUCUCCAGCAAUCAUUUUUAUUGAUGAAUUGGAUGCAAUUGGAGGAAAACGUAAUCCAAAAGAUCAAGCAUAUGCUAAACAAACAUUAAAUCAAUUAUUAGUUGAAUUAGAUGGUUUCAGUCAAACCGAGGGGAUUAUAAUCAUUGGUGCUACCAAUUUCCCAGAAUCCUUGGAUAAAGCAUUAACAAGACCAGGAAGAUUUGAUAAAGAAGUUAUAGUUGAUUUACCUGAUGUUAGAGGUCGUGUAGAUAUCUUGAAACAUCAUAUGAAAAAUGUCGAAACUGCGGAUGAUGUAGAUCCUUCAAUCAUUGCUCGUGGGACUCCAGGAUUAUCAGGAGCGGAAUUAAUGAAUUUAGUCAAUCAAGCCGCCGUUCAUGCUUCACAACUUUCUGCCCCUGCUGUAGAUAUGAAUCAUUUCGAAUGGGCUAAAGAUAAGAUCCUUAUGGGUGCCGCCAAGAAAAAGAUGGUCAUCACUGAAGAAUCAAGAACUAAUACUGCCUAUCAUGAAGCCGGUCAUGCCAUUAUGGCCAUGUUUUCCAGAGGUGCAACUCCAUUAUAUAAAGCUACAAUCUUACCUAGAGGUCGUGCUCUUGGUGUGACUUUCCAAUUACCAGAAAUGGAUAAAGUAGAUAUGAGUAAAAGUGAAUGCUUUGCCAGAUUGGAUGUAUGUAUGGGAGGAAAAGUUGCAGAAGAAAUGAUUAAUGGGAAAGAAAAUGUUACUUCUGGUUGCGCUUCUGAUUUAGCCAAUGCUACUAGUGUUGCAAGAGCAAUGGUGACUUCAUAUGGUAUGAGUGAUAAGAUUGGUCCAGUUAGAUUGAGUGAUGAUUGGGAAUCUUGGUCUCCACAAAUUAGAAAUUUGGCAGAUAAUGAAGUUCGUGAUUAUUUGGUUGAAAGUGAAGAAAGAGCUAGGAAAUUAUUGUAUGAUAAACGAUUGGAAUUGAAGAGAUUGGCAGAAGGUUUAUUGGAAUAUGAAACUUUAACAAGAGAUGAAAUGGAAAAAAUCGUCAAGGGUGAACCAAUUAAUAAAGAAAAGACUAUAAGUAAUACCGUUAUAAAAUCAAAGAGUAGUGAUCAAAUAAAGGAUAUAUUAAAUGAACCUAUGCCAACUGCUUAG